GCAAUAUUUCCAGCUGUCCAAAACUUCACAGGAGCCACUUUUAUGUGCCUUUGCCAACGCCAUCUGUCGCAAAGCCUGCGCCGAAAUCCAGGGGCUCGGCCCUUAUCCCUGGCAUCAACCUCUGCUGUAAUAUAUACCGUAUAGCUAUCACGCGUCUACAGAGGCAGCUUCGCUUGUGACACAGAACUCAAUCCCCCACUUUCCUGACCUCGCACCGUUUUACAGUAAGAGCCCCGUCAUACUCACAUAAGCGAUGCAUUAUAGACUCCAACUAUGUAGCCUCUGCGCACUGACAUCUCGGUCGGUUUCUGGCGCAUGAAGCCCGUUGAGCAUCAAAUGUUUCUGCUUUGGGAGCACAGAUGAACGGUUAUAUAACUAUCCCAUCAGCGCCAGAAGCGCAGCCAUCUGGGGCGCACAGGGGCAGGUCCUAGCCACAACAACGAAAUGGACGACCGCCUGCCGGCAUCGGCGGGCGUCGACGUGGGGACCGUCCUGCGUAAUCUGCAGCUCCGGCGCGUCUCCUGCUCCAAUGCGGCGCCCGGGACAACGCAAGGCAGCGGGCUAUCUUCCGCUGGCGCCAGCGGCGACCUGCUGCAGCUGAUUGCCCCGGGCAUCUCCACGCCGACCACCCCCAGUAGCCCUGCCGCACUAGCCCUGCGCCGGUUGACGCUUACCAAUGUGGCACAGGCGUCACAGGGAACCACGUCGCCGCGAGGGGGGCCACCGGGUACCAGCACGGCCCCGGGGGGCGCCAGUCGCGUGGGCGCCUCCGCCUCUGUCGCCGCCUCCGCCUCCGGCGGCACGCCUGUGCCAAACAGCCCGCGCAGCCCCCGCGGCGUUGGGGGCGCCUACACGCCCAUCCUUGCUGGGUCCGGAUUCAUCAGCCCCGCGGCCGCCGCCGCCACAGCAGCGGCCGCGGCUGCGGCCGCCGCCGGCGCGCCUGUGGCCGCUGUCUCGCCAGCUGUGCCGGCUGCUGCCGCCGUCUCUCCAGUUAGGCCGGCCCUGGCGACGGCGGCGGGGACUGGGGCUUCGGCGGGGGCAAGCUCAGGGGCCGGGACGAUGGGAUCGGGGGCGGGCAUGGGGCCGCUCGCAGCCCCUGGGUUUGCUAUGCGCAUGACUCAGUCGGCCGUCAUGUCACCGCGCGCUGGUACUGCGGGAGGCAGCGGUGCUGCUGCUGCUGCGGCGGCGGCGGCGGCGGGUGGCGGCGGCGCUGCCGGGCCGGAGGCGAGCGGCGGCUCGUCCGCCGCUGCUGCUACUGCCGCUGCGGUGCUGGUGGCGCGGCGGAGCCUGGGCGGCAGCUUUGCAGUUGGUCUGGAUCUGCUGGGAGGGGCGACAGCAGCAGGGGCUGGCGCUGGGGGCUUCGGUGCCGGUACCGGUGCGUGCGGUGCCGGUGGCACCAGCGGCGCCAGUAGCGGCGUGACUGCCAGUACCAGAAGCGGUAUCGGCAGCGGUAUUGGCAGCGGUAUCGGCAGCUGCAGCGGCAGCGGCCUCACAGGCAAUGGUGUGGAGCUUGCCGGGGUUGGAGCCGGUGGCGCAGGGCUGGCGUGGGGCGCCGCUGCAAGCGGAGGUGGGGAGCGCAUAUCGCCUGCAAGGCGGGCUGCCGUCGGGGGCAACGCCGGCGGCAGCGGUGCCAGUGGCGGUGGCGUCGCGGCGACGGCCUUUGCGAUGGCAGCGGCGGCGGUCACCGCUGCCGCGGCGGCCGCCGGCCUGCCGAUGACACACUCCGGGACGCUGGCGGGUCCCGUGCAUGCCGCUGCUGCCGCCCCUGUCGCCGCCGCCGCCUUGCCGUCCCGUAGCAGGUCCUCAGUGUUGGCGUCUUCAGUUGCAGCGCUGGCGAGUGGGUCGGCUGUCUUCACGGGUGCUGGGGCCUCCUCUGGGGCCGGCGGCAGGGCCGGCGGCAGCAGCAACGGCAGUGGGACGCCGAGUCGGGGCUCAACGGCGGCGGCAGCGGCAGUGGCGACAGCUGCAGGGCAGGCGCAGGGCCAGAGCCAGAGCUACAGCCAGAUACAAGGACGCGGACUCGGGGAGGGCCCGGCGCGCGGUGCUGCAGUGGGAGUGGGAGCGGGUGACGUGGAGUCGCGCUUCCGCGGCACGGGCUCCCGCAGGCGCUCUCUGGAACUGCAAAUCUCCCGACUGCGCCGCAGCUCCAUCGACGACGGCUGCGGCGGCGGUGCCGGCGGCAUGGGCGCCUUUGCCGCGGCGGCGGGAGCCCUGGACGAUGACGGCCCCUCCUCCGGCUGCCCCUCCUCCUUGGCCUCACCCACCGGCUCCUUCGUAGGCCUGCCACUUGGACGGCCCCUGCCUCCAUGGGGGUCGCACGGCCACGGCCACCAGGGGCACCAGGGGCAGGGUGCAGCUGCGGCGGUGGCAGCAGCAGCCCAAGAGGAUGAGGGUGACGGCGUUGAUGCGCUCGUGGAUGAGGACGGGGUGCGUGUGGGGCCGCCGACGAGCGCGCGCAGUAGCAGCAAGGGCCUGGGCAGCUGGCGGACGCUGCCGGCGGCGGCCACCCCACCAAUGUCCUGGUCCCAGCAGCAGCAGUCUCAGCCUCAGUCCUACCAGCCUCAGUCUCAGUCCCAGCAGCAGCCGCAGCACACGGUGUCAGGAUUGCUGGCGCAGCGUGCGCAGCUGCUGGAGGAGCUGCAGGCCGCACACCGGCGGGAGCUGUCGCUGGCUGAGCAGCUGGGAAGGGCGCGGGCGGAUGCGCUGGAGGCACAGCAGCAGAACCAGAACCAACACCAACACCAGCAGCAGAACCUGUAUCAGCAUCAACAAGGCAGCAACCCGUUCCAGCACAGCAGCCAGCCUGCUGACACCGCCGCGGCGGCGGUGGCCGCGGCGGGGCGGCGUGCGGACGAGCUGGCAGCGACUGUGGAGAGCUUGCGGGCAGAGCUGGCAUCCGCCAAGGCUCGUGCGGCGGAGGAGGUGCGGCGCUGGCGCGGCCGGGCGGUGGCGGCGGAGGAGCAGCUCGCCACCGCCCUGGCGCAGUUGGGUUGCCUGCGCGCGGCGGCCGUGGGGCCUGCAGGGGGUGCGACUGUUGGAGGUGGCGGCGGGAGUGGGGGCGCUGGAGGCAAUGGCCUCAAGUCAGCCGCAGCAGCAGGGGAUGAUUGGGUGCAGCAGCAGCACGGGCGGCAGAGCGGCGCGCACAGCCCUCCGCUGCUGGUGUCGCGGUCAGGAUCGCUCGGGGGUACCGGAGCCAGCGCCGGCGCAGGCGCAGGCGAGGCAGGCCGCGGCGGGGCCGGUGCCGGCGACGGGGCAGGUGGCGGUGCGAACGGCGAGACCGCGACGUGGUGGGGUGCGGCGGCUUCAGCAGCGGCGUUGGACGCGGCAGCGCCUCUUGCUGCUGGUGGUGCGUCGGCGCGGGCAGAGGUGGUGGUGGUUUCGGCUGUGUCGCCGUGUGGCAGCCCUCGUGCCAGUGGGGGUCGGCUCGUGGAGGCCGGAGAGGUGCGGGCCGGCGCUGCUGUUGCUGUCAGCGGCGGCCCAGCACACCCCGCAUCCUCAAUGCGCCGGAGCUUCAGCGAUCUGGCCCCACCCCCACGCCAUCACCACCACCCUUCCGAGCACCCGGACGGCGCCGGCUCCCUUGUCGCUGCCAACGCAACCGCGGCUGCGGCCGCCGCCGCCACGGGCGGCCCCUACGCCCACGGCUCUGCUUCUCGCACCUCAUACUCGCACCUGCGCUCACCCCAGCUCGCGGAGAGCUCGUCAUCACCGCCGGACUUUUCGCCGUCGCAGGCACAGACGCAGCGAGGCACCGCAGGCUACAAAUCAUCCACGGUGUACGGCACGGCGACACACGGCACGCCGCCGUACAGCCCCCGGCUGGCUCCUGACAGCCCCGCCUGGCCCCCGCGCGGCCUAAGCACCGGCUCAGGCAUGGAGCCGCAUGCGGCUGCCACUGCUUCUGCCUCAGCUACUGCCGCUACUGCCGCUGCUGCUGCUGUUGUGUACGCGCGGAGCAGCCUAUACGCGCCAUCUGCAUCGGCUGCUCCAGGCGCUCCCGCGUUAGCUGGCGGCUCCGCUGCUGCUGCUGCUGCUGCUGCUGCGGCGGCGGCGGCGGCGGCGGUGGCGGCGGAUGCCGCCGCUUCUGCGGCAGCCGCCUUCAGCGAUGACACGGGCGCCGCACCCGCCUGGUCACGUCGCGCUACCCAGAGCUACGCGACGCAACGCGCCCCGUCCGCCGCCGGGGCCGCAGCAGCUGCUACUGCCGUCAGGGCGCCAGCAGCCGCGGCUUAUGCAGAAGCACCGGGCGCUGCUACUGCCGAUCUCCAUGGCGGCGGUGGGGUCAACGGCCGGAGAGAGGCCGAAGGCGGUGCCGCCGCCGCUGCCUGGGCGCCAGGGUUGGUGGAGACCUCUGCUGCGUCGUGGACGGCGGGGUCUCGUGCCGGUUCAUCAGCGGGCGGCUCGGCCGGUGGCGCCGCUGGCGGUGGCAGCAGCUUGAGGCUGGGGGUUGGCGACCUGGCCUCGGCCGGCAAUGACGGCUGGAGCAUCGGCGAGGCCGAGGGCGGGGGCGGGCGUGGGGUCAAGGCUGGCGGGCAGGCUGGCACAGGGCAGGUGGUGGGCGAGGGGGUACCCGGCGGCGGCAGUGCCAGCGUGACCAGUGUGGCUGCAGAGGUGGAGCGGCUCAAACAGGCGGGCAACCGUGCCUACACCAGUCAGCAGUUCCCACUCGCGCGCCACUGCUACAGCUGCGCCCUUGACCUGAUGCUGCAGCAGCCGCAGCAGCAGCAGCAACCCGGCAGUAGCAGCACCACCACCGGCACCACCACCACCGUCAGUGGCAGUAGCCGCGGCAGUAGCAACGGGAGCAGCACCACCAGCGGCAGGGCUGUAGCAGUGCUGUACUGCAACCGGGCUGCGGCGCUGCUGGCGGUGGGCCAGUACGCGGACGCCCUGGCGGACUGCUGCGCGGCGGCGGCGCACGACGGCGCCUACGCCCGGCCUUGGAAGAGGCGCGCGGACGCGCUGGCGGCGGUGAAUGCAUUCAGCGCCGCCGCCGCCGCCCUGGAGCGCUGCGUCGUCCUGGCGGAGACGGCGGCAGUAGCAACAGCAACUACAGCCGCCGAGAGUGGCAGUAGCAGUGGCGGGAGCGCAGGCGCUGGCGCCGGUGCAGGGGGGGACGUGGCGGCGGCGGAGCUUCCGGAGCUGCGGCGGCGGCUGCAACAGUACCAGGCUCUGGCGCGGGCCGCUGGCGCGGCGCCCGGUGUUGGCAGUGGCUCCGCCUCCGCCACUGCACUGCUGCUGGCGGCCGUCAGCGGCGCCGCCUCCUCCACGCCUCCGCCUCCGCCUCCACCGCUAGUGGAUCAUUAUGCGGUGCUAGGGCUGCAGCCUCAGGCCUCAGCCGCCGAUGUUCGCACUGCCUAUCGUCGGCUCGCGCUGCGGUACCACCCAGACAAGGCGGCGGCGGCCGCCGCCACGGUGACGGUGGCUACUGCCGGCGAUACAGCUGCAGCCGUUUCAUCUUCAGCAUCAGUGUCAGUGUCCGCGCCGGCGGCGCCGCCUCCGCCAGGAGGCGGGGUGGUGGCGGCGGCAGCGGCGGCGGAAGCGGCUGUGGUGGUGUUUCCCCUGGUGGCGGAGGCGCAUGCGGUACUGUCGAAUGCGGUCAGCCGCCGGGCCUAUGACCUGAGGCGGGCGCGGGCCGCGCUGGGCAGCAGCCGCAACCGGCAGGCGUAAGGGUUUUACUCGCCGGUGUGCCGGAAUACAUCUGUCCUGGAGUGCAGAUGGUGUGGGCGUGCGACUCGGAUGUGAUGUGCGGUAACUACGCAACCUCGUGGCCCCAGGAAUGCCAAACGAAGCUCAAUGCAAGCGGAGUCGUUUUCUUAUUCGAAUUACUCCGUGAGUGUAGUGUAUGCCAAGUGACAUUCCGUGAUUCCGACAACUCAGCAUCCAUUCUACCAGUCCCCCAUCGCACUUCGCCGCCAUGUCAGUAUGUCACCCCAACGCUGUCCUGACACACCCUCGCACCCCAUAGCCAACACCGCGCAUGUCAUUUCAUUGACACACGUGGCGGGUUGCUGGGAGCAGAUUGAGCCCGGGGCUGCGCAGGCCACGACGGGCUGAUACAAAAGUCUGCUCCCACCGAGGAUUGAACUCGGGACCUUUCCCUGCCACGUGUACCGUGUACGAAGGGAACGCUCUACCACUAAGCUAUAGAAGC